UUCUUGUUCAUUAGGCCAUUCUUGGUACCACCCAUUAAUCCAAUCUCCUUGAAAAAAAAUUGCAUUUUGAGAGAUUUAAGAUAGCUACAAGUGUUGGAAUUGCUGAAGGUUCUUGAAAAAACAGAGGCUUGGGAUUGCAAGAUUUUAAACGGUGAUGGGAAUCACAAGGAAAUGGAUGGUGAUGAUGAGGCCAGUGUUUGUAGUGGUGUGGAGUUUCGCAUUAGCUUUCGUUUAUGUUUCAGCAGACAGGGGUUUGAUGAGGAAUGCUCAGUUUGAUCAAAUUUAUGAUGAAUUUGAUCAGCCAAAUGUUGUGCUGAGGAUUAAGCAUUUCUUGUGGCAAUCUGGUCAACCAGGGUACCAUCAUGUUUGGCCGGAAAUGAAAUUUAAUUGGCAGAUCGUUGUUGGCUCCUUGAUUGGAUUCUGUGGAGCUGCUUUUGGAAGUGUAGGCGGGGUUGGUGGUGGUGGCAUAUUUGUUCCUAUGCUGACCUUGAUCAUUGGUUUUGAUCCAAAAUCAGCAACUGCCAUCUCAAAAUGUAUGAUCAUGGGUGCAGCAGUCUCUACUGUUUAUUACAACCUUAAGCUAAGACAUCCAACAAUAGAUAUGCCAAUCAUUGACUAUGACUUGGCUGUGCUUAUUCAACCAAUGCUCAUGAUGGGCAUCAGUGCUGGAGUUGUAUUCAACGUACUUUUUGCUGAUUGGAUGGUCACGGUUCUUUUAAUUGUCCUCUUCGUUGGCACAUCAACAAAAGCAUUCCUAAGAGGCAUAGAAACCUGGAAAAAGGAAACCAUUCUAAAACAGGAAGCAGCAAAGCGCCAUCUGGCUAAUGUAUCACAGGACAUGGAGAAGAAGCUUCUUCCUGGUGGUCCUAGCGGUGCAACAAAUAAUGAGAUCAAAGAUUCCUCAAAAGAAGAGAUCACUGUUUUUGAGAAUGUGUGCUGGAAGGAAUUUGGCCUUCUUGUCUUCGUUUGGAUUUCAUUUCUUGUUCUGCAGAUUGCCAAGAAUUAUACGACAAAUUGUUCAAUAGAGUAUUGGGUGCUGAACUUGCUCCAGAUUCCAGUUUCUGUUGGCGUUACUUUGUACGAGGCAUUAAGUUUGUAUAGUGGAAAAAGAGUAAUUGCUUCUAAGGCAGAUUCUGGAACUCGUCCUGGGGUGAAACAGCUAAUAGUCUAUUGCUCAUGCGGCGUACUGGCUGGCGUUGUUGGAGGGUUACUCGGUCUAGGUGGAGGCUUUAUCAUGGGACCACUAUUUUUGGAGCUUGGGGUUCCUCCACAAGUUUCAAGUGCCACAGCUACCUUUGCUAUGAUGUUUUCCUCAUCAAUGUCUGUUGUCGAGUAUUACCUUCUAAAGCGUUUCCCUGUUCCUUAUGCUCUCUACUUCAUUUGUGUCGCUACAAUUGCUGCAUUUGUUGGACAACAUGUUGUCAGACGGAUCAUCAAUAUACUCGGAAGGGCGUCCCUAAUCAUCUUUAUAUUAGCAUCUACCAUAUUCAUCAGUGCAAUCUCCUUGGGUGGAGUUGGCAUUGCAAACACAAUCACCAAGAUUCAGAAAAAUGAAUAUAUGGGUUUUGAGAACCUCUGCAACUAUAAAACUUAAAAGUUUUAGUCCCGGUUCAGCCACGUGCCCAAGGUUGAUAGGAUUGUCUUAGAUUUCUUGUCUUACAAUUUGGACCUACAUACCUGCAUAUACAUGAAACCCAUCAUUUAGGCAAACAAUAUCUAACUCUAAUUAUAAAAUUUUAAA